AUGAACCCCCUCCGACUAAACCCAGUCGGCCCCUUUACCACUAUCACCACCACCCCAACGCAGCAAAGUGGCUUGCCCCCAAGGCACGACAGUUCCUGGUCGGUGCCUUCACUAGCAACCGCCAGGACGAGCAACCCACCGGUCCGCCAAAGAGCGACCAGGGAGCGGCAGUGGUCCUUCAGGACGCUGCCCACAAUUCAAGAGGAGGAGGAGGAGGAGGAGACUGACGAGAGGGGGGCCGAGAGGCGGGAGGAGGAGAAGCAAAAGGAAGGGCAGAAGAAGAAGAAGGGCGUCCGAGAGUACGUCUUCCUGCUUGGCGGGCCGGGCCUCACCGUCCCGGUCACGCGGCGCAAGAGAAGCGUGUGUAGGAGCCGGGCGCGGCGGGUGUGGCGAUUCUGCACGCAUUUUUUCGUCGGGACCAAGAUGUCCGGUCCAGCAAGAACCACCAUCGCCAUCACCAUCAAAACCAUCAUCAUCAUAACUGGCGCUGCACCUGCCGCUGCACCUGCCGCUGCACCUGCCGCUACUGCCAGUACCAGUGCCAGCAUGAGCACCACCGCCACCACCAACAACAUCACUGCCGCCGCCGCCAUCACCACGACCACCAUGAGAACGAUAUGA